AUCCCAAGCCCUGAUACCGGUUCCUCAUUGAUUGGCUUCUCACAGCCGAGAAGCCCAUCCCAGGGUGUUCCUCAGAUGGACAACCCAUUGGUUGGGAACACACUGUUUUGCUCACGUUAGGAAACUCCCACCACUGAACCCGAUGCCCAUAAAAGCUUCUGUUCACCGCUUGUCACAGCGCCUGUUGAAGCUGAUUAUAGAGGAGUGAUUUGGUUACGCUGCACCCAACCAGUCACCAACUUGGUUCCAUCUUUUAUUUUAUUUUAUUUUUGCCCCUCUCCCCGUUUCUCCCAACUCGAGCUCGAAGCAAACCCGCCUCUUGAAAAUGAAAGUUGUGAGUGCCUCCUGCGCCUUGAAACGCCAGGGAUGCAGUGGGGAGGACAUGGUCAGAUGUCUCUCCGAGCAAAGCAUCUCCAUUGCCAAGUGUAAGAUGUCUCCCCUGCUGGACGGGCAGAUGAGCAUGUUCCUGUACGACAUGAACAGUUGUUACAGUAAGCUAAAGGAGCUGGUGCCCACUUUGCCCCAGAACAAGAAGGUCAGCAAGGUGGAGAUCCUCCAGCAUGUCAUCGACUACAUCUGGGACCUGCAGGUGGAGUUGGACACUCACCCGGGCAUGAUGCGCCAGCAGGCGGCACAGACUGGCACCCAGGAGCCGACACACGCCCAGCUCGCCAGCCUGGCCACCGACGUGGCUGCAAUUGCCUCCGAGACUCCCUGUGUGAGCAGUGAUGACAGAAUCCUGUGUCGCUGAAGUGGACGCACCCCCAGUAUUUCAAAUGCCAAGUGAUGUUCCCAAGUGCUCCUGGACUUGUUCGCUGUGUGGAGUUCCCCAUCCACCCCCUCCGGGAGAAAACCCACAUAAGACACUCGAAGCUCAAUGGUUUAUUUCUUGUGUUUCAUUGAGACAUUUGACUGCUGACACGACGGAGUAGGUCCGGUCCGCUCCGGUCCGGGCGCUGACACACACACAACACACGCAGUCGGUCCCUGGUGCAAACAGGAGAGAAGAUGCGCUCUGCUCAGUGUGUCCACAGGCGCCCAUCACUACUCCAUCCCUCUCUACCCCAAGUGGACGAGGGAACUGGGGGGGGAGAGAGAGAGAGAGAGAGGCAGAAAAGCAACGUGUGCCUUAGAGAGAGACCCGACAACCCACAACAACAGCAGCAAAACUUCUAAUGCAAAGCCCAGUGAGUGAGUUGGAGUUGAGUUGAGUUGGGACAAGGAAGGAAUCUGUCUGAUCUCCUCACUCACUCACUCACUCACUCACUCACACAUCAGCCCCACACAAGUCGGGCUGUGAUCAGAAAGGAGAGAGAUCUCGGUUUUGAAGAGUUUUGUAAUAAGUGUAAAUGUUUUUUUUUCAAAAAAACUUUUGACAUCCUUAAAAGAGAGAUCUUUGAGGGGGGUGUUUCGAUUUGUAAAUUCUUAUAUACUUUGUAAGUGUAUCCAAUGGUUUACAACGAUGUUGUAAUUUUCUACAGAAAUGUUUUUAAUUUUUUUUUCAAGAUGACGAAAACUUUUUUUAAAAAAAAAUAAAUUUUUGGGUAAAAA